GUAGCACUUUCGACAUUCACCGGCUCACAAAUUCAUCUUUCCCCCUCCAUGUCUCCAUGUGACUGAUUAUCCCAAUCUACUUUUCUUUGAUCCACCGAGAUUUUUCCAUCUAUUAAAGCGAAGCAAAUGUCGACAGAGCACGCGAGGGCCGCCUGUCAUUGAUUGCUUUGACCGGGGAUCUCUCGGCCACUUCCUGGUCACCCACGUUGCGGAUUGCGCAAUUGACAUCCAAAACCCCCAUCCUGCUCUCCACGCCAACCACAGCAAAGCAAAUCAUAUCCCAGGACGUCGCAUAACCCCCCCGCCCUCGGUCCUAACUUACGCCCCACGGGAAUCAGCUGCGCGCCUAUUUUUAUCCCGCUUCGAUGUACGCACAGGCAUCCAUCCAUCCAUACAUCCACCGAGCAUAUCUCUAUACACAGGCACUAUGGCGGCCGCGGGGCCGAGCGGGCAGGAGGAGGAUAUAAGCCCUAGGCGCUCAUACGCCAUGGAAACGCAUGAGCUUGCGCGCUAUCGAUCACAGUACAGCGAUGCGACGUCUGCUCAUCACCGGGCCAGCUCGCGCGCCCGCUCUCGGCAGUCCCUGGGCCCGCCAAAGGGCCUGGCGCGCGUGCCUUUCGAGCUGAAGAAGUUCUGGGGGAGGCAGAUCAGUGUUGUCGUCGACCAGGCCUAUAAUCGGGAUCAUCUAGCUCUCGAGCGAACGUUCCUCGGCUACCUCAGGACAUCCCAGGCUCUAUCCAUGCUUGGCGUUAUCAUAUCUCAGCUUUUCACUCUCCAGAAGAGCACAUCGCCCGACCCCCACAUCGGGUACUUCGUCACCGGGAAGCCGCUCGGGGCUAUCUGCCAGGGCGGGGCGAUGCUGAUACUCAUGCUGGGGACUUUCCGGUGGUGGAGGCAGCAAAAUGCCAUCACUCGAGGUAAGGCUCUGGCUGGUGGGUUCGAAAUCACACUCAUAGGUUUGCUGGUUCUGCUGUUGUGCAUCGUCUUAUUCGGCAUCCUUGUGGCGAUUGAGAUAAGAGAUAGGAUGAGGGGACGCUGAACAAUGCUAUACCUUGGAUACGCCCAGCAGCUGAGCCUCGGCUGCACAAGGCACAGACCGAGAGAUAUGUGUGCCUUAACCUACAGGAGACGGAAACUUACCCCUAUAUCUCGCCAGUGACUGUGGCCGAUACAAAUAGUGCCAUGGUGAGAAUGCUGAACCUACGAAUACCCAGGUGUUGACAAGUCCGUGAGCUGAUACAGAGAAGAUCAAGCUUGUAUAAUCUGAAAACAACAAUAAUAGUCGGGUUAACGAGCAGCCCGACGAGGAAAAUACUGAUUGGAUACUAAUGAUAAUAAUGAGAUUGGAUUAUAAAGGGGGAAGGUUGUUGAAGCAACGAUAACAACACAGUACAUAGCAUGUAGACCACAAAGUGACACAUAAACACUAUUUCACAAG